AGCUUUGGCUUUUCUUUUAUGAAGGGUGCCUGAUCUUAGAGAAAGGGCCGGAAGGCGCACGCUGCCUCAGGCAUGGCCAUGGAACUAAGUUCUUGGACUCCCUUGAGGCGGUUGCAGCCAGCAGAUAUUCGUCAACGGAGCCAAAGGAGGUGUGAGCGGCCUCGUUUGUCUAGGCUCUCUCUGGGCACAGGCUCGCUGCUGGCAAUUCCCUUUGCAACCUCCAAAGUUUCCAGAGGUCGCAGAAGAAUUAUCGUGAGAUCUGCUGUGGAUGACAAAGUCAAGGCAGUAGAAGCGGAGGCAGACUCGAAAGGACGAGGGAUGGUGAUUCCGAUGACUCGAGUGGAAGGUCUCGAAGAAGUAAAGUUGGCCUUGAAAUUGGCAUGCAUUGAUCCUUCUCUUGGCGGAGUAGGAAUUUCUGGCGGCCAUGGAACAGGUAAAACGACACUGGCUCGUUCGCUUCGAGGAGUUCUUCCCAAGAUUGAGGUGGUGGAGAACUCGAUCUGCAAUUGUGAUCCCAGCAAGCCUUCAGAGUGGGAUGUGCUCAGUCGUGAGCGCUUGGUCAAGGAUGACAAAGGCGAGGUGAAAACGAAGGUCAUCGACUGCCCCUUCAUCGAGCUGCCUUUGGGCUGCACUGAAGACAGACUGGUGGGAUCACUGGAUGUGCAGGCAUCAAUGGAUGCGGGUCGACCAAUCUUUGAACCUGGAUUGCUUGCAAAGGCACAUCGGGGUGUCCUGUACAUCGACGAUGUCAACUUGCUCCAGGACGACCUUGUCAGCCUGCUGUUGACGGCAGUCGAAAGUGGCGUCAAUAGGGUCGAACGAGAAGGGCUUUCGGUGGCCCAUCCUUGUCGACCCUUGGUGGUGGCCACAUGGAAUCCAGAAGAAGGUCCUUUGCGGCCCCAUUUGUUGGAUCGACUGGCGAUCUCGCUAAACACAGAUGUGGCCACUGUCUACACAGACUUGGACGAGCGAGUCAGCGCAGCCUUGUCUGCCAUCGACUUUGCAGAAAGGCCAUCGCAGUCUCUGGAAGAAAGUGCAGCGGACAUCACUGCGAUGCAGACUCAGCUUCUUUUUGCACGUGAGUUCCUCAACGACGUCAAGAUCACUGAAGAACAGAUGGGACGCCUUGCCGAGGAAGCCAGUCGAGGUGGCUGCGAAGGUCACCGCGGUGAGGUGUUUGCCGUCAAGAUCGCCCGUGCUCAUGCUGCGCUUCAAGGCCGUGACGUUUGCAAUGCUGAAGACCUGAAACAAGCCAUCAAACUUGCAAUCCUGCCGCGCAUCAGAGUUCAGGAAGCACAAAUGCAGGAGGAAAUUGAGGAGGAAGAGGAACCGCCACCGCCACCACCGCCACCCCCACAGCCUGACCAAGAAGACCCCGAGGAGAUGGAGCCUCCGCCUGAGCAGGAUGAAUAUGAAGAGGAAGAACAGGAGGAAGAGGAAGAACCUGAUGAAGAUCAAGAUCAGGAAGACCAGGAUCCGGAUGUCCCUGAAGAGUUCAUGAUUGACCCCGAAGGUGCAGUGGUCGAUCCUGACCUCCUCAAGUUCCAGCAGAAGCAGAAGAAGAGUGGCCGCAGUGGCAAAGGCAACAAGAUCUACUCAAUGGAUCGCGGUCGGUACGUCAAGGCAAUGUUGCCAAAGGGUGGUGAUACAAAGAGUGGGAAGAUUGCUUUGGACGCCACGCUGCGAAAUGCUGUGGUCUACCAAAAGAUGAGAAGAGAAGAGGCGGCAAAGAAAUUGAAACCGGAGGAGCAGCGCAAUGUGUACAUUGAGCGCAGUGACAUUUGGGUGAAGAAGAUGGCUCGGAAGGCGGGUGCCCUGGUGAUCUUUGUCGUGGAUGCCAGUGGAUCAAUGGCCCUGAACCGCAUGCAAAAUGCGAAGGGCGCAGUCUUGCGAUUGCUUGAGAACGCCUAUCAGAAUCGUGACCAGGUAGCGCUAGUGCCUUGCCGUGGCAUCUCAGCAGAGGUUCUGGUUCAGCCAACCUCUUCUGUGGCUCGUGCCAGUGGCAGCAUGAAGGUGUUGCCAUGUGGUGGAGGAACACCCUUGGCGCAUGCCCUUUCCCAGGCCAUUCUACUUGGGACCAAUGCGAUGAAGAGUUCCGAUGUUGGCCAGGUUUGUGUGGUUGCCAUCACCGAUGGCCGUGCGAAUGUACCUCUUGCAGUCAGCGAGGGUGAUGAAACCGCUCUGGAUGAGAAUGGCAAAAUGAAGAAAGUGCCGAAGGAAGACUUGCAGGAAGAAGCCUACAUUCUUGCGGACAAGAUGAGAGCACUAGGCUUCAAGUUUUUGCUCAUCGACACAGAAAACAAGUAUGUCUCUUCUGGAGUUGCGAAGACAUUGGUUGAUCGAGCUCAAGGGAGGUAUUACUAUUUGCCACGUGCCGAUGACAAAGCCAUCGCUGGUAUCGCAGGCGAUGCGAUCAAUGAGAUGAAAGCGAGAUAGCGUUCACAGAUUUUGUCAUGUCAAUGUUCUCGAGUUCUCGAUCAGUUUUUUCCCGUGGUCAUUGGAGUUUUGAAAAGAAUUCGAUGGCCCGUGUUACUGUCUGGAAGCUGAGUGAAUGCGCUCGCUUGCUUCAGAUGAGAGUAUGAUUGGUGGCGAAAGAGCACCUGAGGGUUGUGGCAAUGCCUUGGGUUGUCUGCUGAGCACUUGCUCAAAUAUCUAGCGACUUUCUUGUGGUUUUUGUUUCCUCAAAUGUUCUCUUGCAAGCACAUGUUGAAUGAACGGAUGCAUUGUUUUUCCAUUGUCCCCAGUGAUCUAUUCCUUGUGACCGUCGAGAGGAGCUGAAAACAACGCGACGUUCUCACCUCUAGUCGUUUG